AUGGCAGACAAGGACAGUGUGGAAAAAUACUUGGAGAAUAAUCCACAGUUUGCCAAAGAUUAUUUUGACAAGAAGGUGCGAGCCGAGGUCAUUACUGCUGCUUUCACAGAGAAGCUUGAGAUCAAAGACCCAUCCUCAUACAAAGAUGUCUCCCAGAUCCAGGAGGCUGCCAUAAUUUUUGACCUGGUCAGGGAGAUGCAGAGUGAGCAGGUCAUGGAGAAAAGCAUGCACAAGGUCCUGCAGCGAAUAUGCAUUCUGGUAAAUGCAGAUCGGUGCAGCUAUUUUAUAUACAGGGCUAGGAAUGGAAUCCCUGAGUUGGCCACAUGUCUUUUUGAUGUUACCCCUACCUCCAAAUUUGAAAACAACCUGGUCAGUCCACUGGCUGAGAUUGUGUUCCCCACUGACAUGGGCAUAGUGGGGCAAACAGUAACAACCAAAAAGGGAGUUAACAUUCCAGAUGUAAAGCAGAACCCCCAUUUCAGUGACUUUGUGGACCAGCAAACAGGAUACAACACUAAAAGCAUCCUGGCUGCACCCAUUGUGAGUGGUAAGGACCCACUGGGUGUCCUCAUGGCACUGAACAAAACUGUUGGGAACGAAUUCUCCAAAGCAGAUGAAGAUAUCUUCAACAAGUAUAUAAACUUUGCCUCAGUCAUCACUCUGCAGCAUUACACCAGUUACAUGUGGAAUGUGGAAUCCAGGAGAAGUCAGGUUCUUCUCUGGUCUGCUAGCAAAGUGUUUGAAGAAUUGACUGACAUUGAGCGUCAGUUCCACAAAGCACUGUACACUGUUAGGUCCUAUCUUCAGUGUGAGAGGUACUCAGUGGGGCUACUGGAUAUGACAAAAGAAAAGGAAUUUUAUGAUGAGUGGCCAAUUAAACUAGGACAUGUAGAACCAUACAAGGGUCCCAAGACACCUGAUGGUAGGGAAAUCAACUUCUACAAAAUCAUCGAUUAUCUCUUAGAAGUCAAGGAAGAGAUCAAAGUUGUACCGGCCCCUUCUCCAGAACACUGGGCUCUUGUCAGUGGCCUCCCUACCUAUGUGGCAGAAAAUGGCUUUAUCUGUAACAUGAUGAAUGUUGCUGCCGAUGAGUACUUCACAUUCCAGAAAACAGCUGUGGAUGAGACAGGCUUCAUCAUCAAGAAUGUCCUGUCCCUCCCCAUCGUCAAUAAAAAGGAGGAGAUUGUGGGCAUCGUUACAUUCUUCAACCGAAAAGACGGCAAGCCAUUUGAUGAACAGGAUGAACAGAUUACUGAGGCCCUUACACAGUUCCUGGGAUGGUCUGUGCUCAACUGUGACACAUAUGACAAACUGAACAGAAUGGAGUGGAAGAAAGAGAUUGCUGAGGAAAUGGUGAUGUACCACACAAGAGCCACCUUGGAUGAGGUUCAGCAGAUCUUGAACACAAAGGAAAGGUUUGACAGAGAACCAGAGGAAUGUGAUCAGAAAGAGAUGUACAAACUCUUGAGGGCCAACAUACCUGAAGCCAAGGACGUUGACCUGCUUGAAUUCCACUUCAGUGAUUUUCCUCUAUCUGAGCUCGACCUAAUCAAGUGUGGCAUUCGGUGCUUCUUUGAACUAGGCGUGGUGGAGAAAUUUAAAGUGCCAGCAGAGGUUCUUACUAGAUGGAUGUACACAGUCAGGAAGGGUUACAGAGACAUUACAUACCAUAACUGGAGGCAUGGCUUCAAUGUGGGGCAGACAAUGUUCUGUUUACUACAGACUGGAAAACUAAGAAAAUACUACUCAGACCUUGAUGCCUUUGCAAUGGUAGCAGCUGCUUUUUGCCAUGAUAUUGACCACAGGGGGACCAACAAUCUCUAUCAGACAAAGAGUUCAUCACCUUUGGCCAAGCUUCAUGGGUCCUCCAUCUUAGAAAGACACCAUCUUCAGUACAGCAAGACUCUCAUGGCAGAUGAGAACCUCAAUAUCUUCCAGAACCUACAAAAACGUCAGUUUGAAACUGUUCAGCACUUACAUGAUGUCUGCAUCAUUGCUACUGAUUUAGCCUUGUACUUCAAAAAAAGAACACUGUUCCAGAAGAUUGUUGAUGACACACAGCCAAUGGUAGAUGAAAAGCAAGCCAUUAACUAUGUGACCAACAACCCUGUCAGGAAGGAAAUCAUCAUGGCAAUGAUGAUGACUGGCUGCGACUUGUCUGCCAUCACAAAGCCAUGGGAGGUUCAAAGCAAGGUGGCUCUGAUGGUGGCUGCUGAAUUCUGGGAGCAGGGAGACCUGGAGAGGAACGUGCUUCAACAAGAACCCAUUCCCAUGAUGGACAGGAACAGGGCAGAUGAACUGCCCAAGAUGCAGUGUGGUUUCAUUGACUUUGUCUGCUCAUUUGUAUACAAGGAAUUUGCAAGGUUCCAAAAGGAAAUCACACCCAUGUUUGAUGGCCUGAACAACAACAGAGCCCACUGGAAAGAGCUGGCUGAUGCUUAUCAAGCCAAACUUGAUGCUAUUGAGAAUGAGAAGAAGAAACAGGAAACACCAUAUAAAAAGGGUAUGCAAGAGGGAGGAGGGAAGUCUAAAACUUGUUCCAUAUUUUAA